UGAAGAAAAAUCACCACGACAUGAAGGAUUUUCAGAGAAGAAAAGAAAAAUCAGAGAUUAGAGAUGAGAUUUCACGCACCAACCAUUUCUAGGGUUUCUCAUUUCAGAAACAAAGCUCCGUUUUCGUGUCAAGCCUCUGCUAAGCUUCGAUCAAACCAUAAAACAGGGUGUAACUUUGGAAUAGCAUUUGAUAUCGACGGCGUUAUUCUUCGUGGCCGUGUUCCCAUUGGAGGUUCUCCACAAGCUUUGAGAAGAUUGUACGGAGAUUCUGGUGAAUUGAGUGUUCCAUAUUUGUUCUUGACUAAUGGAGGGGGUGUCCCGGAAACUAAGAGAGCGACGGAGUUAAGUGAACUUUUGGGAGUAAAUAUUAUGGCUUCUCAGGUUGUACAAGGUCACUCACCUUUUAGAAACUUAUUGAAGAAAUUUGAGAACGAACUCAUUAUUGCCACUGGAAAAGGGGACCCUGCUUUGGUGAUGUCCGAGUAUGGCUUCAAAAAAGUUAUGUCAUUGGAAGAGUAUGCAUCUUACUUUGAGAACAUUGAUCCUGUAUCUCAAUAUAAAAGAUGGACAACGAUGCCACUGUCCGACAGGAAGGCGCCAGCAGCACCAAGAUAUGAUGUUUCAUCGGAGAGGGUUAUGGCAGCUUUUGUUGUCAGUGAUCCUGUAGACUGGGGCAGGGACAUUCAGGUGCUAUGUGAUGUUUUAAGAUCUGGAGGCCUUCCUGGAGAUGCAAAUAGUAAUCAACCACCUUUAUAUUUUGCUGCUGAUGAUCUUGAAUAUCAGGCUGCCUUUCCAUCUAAGCGUCUUGGAAUGGGUGCUUUUAGAAUUGCACUGGAGAGCGUCUUCAACAGAACCAGCCCAAAAAGUCUGGAGUACAUAACGUAUGGGAAACCAAAUCCAUUUGUCUUCAAGAAUGCUGAAAUAAUAUUGAGCCAACUUCAAUCAUCAUGUCGAGAUCAUUCAGAGAACAAUGGAGUCCCUGGAUCAAAUCCUUUCAGAACACUGUACAUGAUUGGUGAUAAUCCUUCUGUAGAUGUCAAAGGUGCACAACAGGCUGGGCAUCCUUGGUUUUCUAUUUUGACAAGGACAGGUGUUUUCAGAGGAAAAGAUAAUGAUACUGAAUUCCCAGCAGAUCUGGUUGUGGAUACAGUGGAGGAGGCUGUGGACUAUAUUCUUAAAAGAGAGUGUUGAACCCGAAGCUUAACUCAUUUGGUCAAUAC